AUGUCGCCAGCCAGCUCGGUGGUCGCGCUGGCAGCAGUGCUGGUGGCGCUGCAGCUGUCUGCGGCGGCGGCGGCGGCGGUUGAUGCGCACGGCUGCACCCGGAAGUGCGGGGACGUGGACGUCCCGUAUCCGUUCGGCGUCGUCGGUGAUCCUGGCGGGACAGACUGCUACUUGCCGGGGUUGAAUCUCACCUGCGAGACAGGCCGCAACAACGACCCCCCUCAGCUCCUGCUCGGCGACGGCAGCCUCCAAGUCGUCGGCAUCUUCAUCGAGAACGCCACCGUGCGCGUCGUACAAGCCGGCGGCAUAAUAAUAGACGCCGACGGCAACGGAACGUUCGGCGGCGGACUCAGGGUCCACGGGCCCUACACGCUGUCCGUCGGCAACGAGCUCAUUGUAACGGGUUGCAACAUGACGGCGACGCUGCGCGAGAAGAGCAGCCACAUCGUCAUGAGCGCAUGUGCCUCCUCCGGUCCCAUCAUCGGUGCCGCCAUGAAAACCGGAAGAAGCAAUGGCACCUGCAACGGCUGGGAUUGCUGCCAGGCGCCCAUCGCCGUCAUCCGUGAUGUAGCUCAUAGCUACGUAACGUUCAAAUGGUUCGGCCAUAACAAAAGCGUGGACGAGGAGUCGUCCUGGUGGCCCGCCCGCGUGUUCGUCGCCGAGGAGGGGUGGUUCCACAUUGGCGAAAUGCAAUUUUCUUUGUCAGAAGAUGCAAUGGCAGUGCCCUUCCUUCUGGGCUGGGCGAUCGUCGAUGUAGAACCACCCCCGUCCUGGCCAUCCGCGACUGAUUACACCGACUGGUGGUACGUGGAACCCCGUGAGUGCCCCAGUAUAGUGACCACCAGCAUAUGCAAGAGCAACAAAAGCAAGUGCGGUCAGGUUAGAGGCUACCGCUGCUACUGCGAAGACGGUUACGAAGGCAAUCCCUACAUCCCCGGAGGCUGCCAAGAUAUAAAUGAGUGCGAGCAACCAGGAGGAAGUCGGUGCCUUGGUAAAUGCACCAAUACGCAAGGAUCUUUUAAGUGUGGGUGUCCAUCAGGAACCCAGGGCGACCCCAACCUGAAUGAAGGUUGCAUCGUCCCUUCGCAACAAAAUAAAAAACCAAACAUGACGAGCUUGACUCCGGGUGUCAUCAUAGGAGUUGCCAGCGGGGCGGGCUUUGUACUUCUGAUUUUUAUCGGGCUCUUUAUUUCCAAAAAAUUGAAGCACAAAAGGGCACAAAUGUUGAAGCGAAAGUUCUUUGAGCAGAACCGUGGUCAAUUGUUGCAACAAUUGGUAUCCCAAAGAGCCGAUAUUGCAGAAAGGAUGAUCAUACCUUUAGAAGAGCUAGAGAAGGCAACAAAUAACUUUGAUAAAGCUCGUGAGCUUGGUGGUGGAGGGCAUGGCACCGUCUACAAAGGAAUUUUAUCAGACCUCCAUAUUGUGGCUAUCAAGAGACCAAAGAAGGUGGUUCAAAAAGAGAUUGAUGAGUUUAUAAAUGAGGUUGCUAUACUGUCACAAAUCAACCAUCGGAAUGUGGUAAAACUCUAUGGUUGUUGUCUUGAAACAGAAGUCCCAAUGUUGGUCUAUGAGUUCAUAUCAAAUGGAACCCUUUAUGAUCAUCUUCAUGUUGAAGGACCAAGAUCAUUGUCAUGGAGCGACAGGCUACGAAUAGCAAUUGAAACAGCUAAAUCCCUAGCAUAUCUUCACUCGACAGCUUCAAUACCAAUCAUCCAUAGAGAUAUCACGUCAGUUAACAUACUUUUGGACGAUACUCUAACAACAAAGAUAGCAGAUUUUGGAGCUUCAAGGUAUAUUUCAGUGGAGAAAUCAGGGUUAACAACCAUGGUGCAAGGUACCAUCGGAUAUUUAGACCCUAUGUACUUCUAUACAGGGAGACUUACGGAGAAAAGUGAUGUCUACAGUUUUGGUGUCAUGGUUGUAGAACUGUUGACCAGAAAGAAGCCAUUUUCAUAUUUAUCCCCUAGCGGUAAUGGUAUUGUUGCACAUUUUGCUAUGUUAUUUGCAGAAGAUAACUUGUCGCAGAUACUAGAUCCACAAGUUAUAAAUGAGUGGAGCAAAGAAGUCCAUGAAAUCGCUGCACUUGCAAUAGCAUGUACACAGUUAAAAGGAGAGGAUCGCCCAACCAUGCGACAAGUGGAGUUGACAUUGGAAAACUUACAAUCAUCAAUGCAUAUUGUUUCAGAUAAUGUGGUGGAUGAGGAAUUUGAGAAUGACGUUAUUCCAACAAAUUGCCCAAUGAAUGAGCAUGAAAGAGGCAGCGAUGAGGAUUCAACAAGACAAUAUAGUAUGGAAGAAGAGUUCAUGAUAUCAUCAAGGUAUCCUCGGUAG